GGGCGCUCAGAGCCUCCGACGCGCCGUGGGAACGCAGUUGGAGCGGGUCCCUGCGGCCCCAGGUCUCCGCGCCCCGAGAUCCCGCCUGGUCUCCUCGGCCCGAGGACUCGGCGCCCACCAUGCGGCUGAGUCCUGGCCUGCUCUUGCUGCUGCUCAGUGGCCUGCAAGCUGAUAUUCAAGAAAAAGAAGUCAGAGCCAUGGUGGGCAGCGACGUCAAACUCAGCUGCGUCUACCCGGGAAUACACAGUUUUGAUUUAAACGAACUGUAUGUCUACUGGCAAGUCAGCGAGUCAAACACGGUGGUGACGUACUACCUCCCAGAGAACAGCUCCACAGGCCUCGAGGACAGCCACUACAAGAACAGGGCCCACCUGUCGCUGGACAGCAUGAAGCGGGGAGACUUCUCCCUGCACCUGUACAACGUCACCCCCCAGGACGAGCAGAAGUUCAACUGCCUGGUGUUCAGGAAGUCCUCAGAGUUAGGGAGGAUUCUGGAAGCCGUGGUCAUGCUGUACGUGGCGGCCAACUACAGCAUGCCCAUCGUCAGCACGCCCAGAGGCCCCUCUGCAGACCAGGAGCUCACCUUCACCUGCGUGUCCACGGAUGGCUACCCGAGGCCCAGCGUGUACUGGAUCAACAAGACGGACAACAGCCAGCUGGACAAGGCUCUGCAUAACGACACCAUCUCCCUGAACCAGCGAGGCUUGUACGAUGUGGUCAGCGUCCUGAGGAUCCCUUGGGCGUCCAGUGUGAACAUCGGCUGCUGCAUAGAGAAUGUGCUUCUGCACCAGAACCUCACGGGCAGCAGCCGGACGGACACCUUCACUGGGCCUGAAGUUGCCGUGACGGACAACCCAGCGCUUCCCCACAAGGAGAGAAGGGUGGCCGUCUUCAGCACCCUUGCCGUCCUGCUGGUGACGGCGGUGGCCGUAGGCUGGCUGUGCAGGACCCGGUUUCUCCGUCGCAGCUACACAGGUGCGAAGGUCGUGUGGCCAGAGGAGGAGCCCACAGACCAUGUUUGACAGGAACUCACUGCCCAGGACGGGGACAGGGCUUUCACGAAAUGCCACUGGGUGGACAUCUGACGCAGCUUGAGAAUGGACUUGGACAGGCUUGGUGACAAAAGGGACCGUGAGCCACCUGCCCCUGUGUGCUGUCGGCAAGGACAGGAUCCACCUGGCCAGGAGGGGCACAGGAGGCUGCCUGGGGAGACCCUCAGACACUGCCCGUCAGAGCGCGGUCCUUCACAGCAGGGCAGCAGUACUGGCACGUGGGCGCCCAGAGCCCACAGCCCCUGCGCUUCAGCACAGGCUCCUCCCAAACAGGACCAGGCACGGGCCUCGCGGGGCCCUGGGGUUCUGAGAGCGAAGGAAGGACGUUGGAGUAGAAGGAAGAACGCAGCCACCCACUGCCUUCCAGGACGGCCUCUGUGAUCGCCGGAGCCGCGGAGGCUGUGUGCAGGAGACCGGCCCCAGGGCUCACCGGCUGCCAUCCUGCAGGAGCUCCUGUGUAGUCGUGCAGGUGGUGCACACCUGCGUGUGUGCGGACAGGAAGUGGUCUAUGCUGGAAGCCCCGGGAGACCUGCUGGACCUCACUUCUCUAGUGUCUCCAGUGGGAAGAACACCGGAUCUUGCUGGUUUUGUCAAAAGCUCCAUCAUCCUCCUGAAAAGGCUCAUGUGGAAUUUUGCCCAAAGAUAGUGUGCUGCAGGGCCCCUGUCUGGAAGCAGAGGCCUCCCGGACCUGCCGCUAGGCCGCCCCGCCCACUCCCCAACCCAGCCCUGAAAACGUGCAGUGGCAGACAUGAGCUGCACCUGAGGUCAUCAGAGCCCUCCAGGGGACUGCUCGGUGGAGGCCAGGUCCCCUGCCAGCCACGGAGGUCUCACAUCCCGGCACGGACUCCCUCAGAGCCCAGAGAAGGCAGCUCUGCAGGCCCCUCCACCCCCCCCCGGAGGACCUCCACGGUGCAAGGCCUCCCAUCAAAUGCCAGGUUCCUGCGGCUGAUAGGCCACCACUUGACAGGCAUCAGCCCUGGCCAAGCCUCCAGGGUGGUCUCCAUGUGGUUUCCAGAAUGGACGUAGCAGGGGGCUCAGGGCAUGCCUGUGUGCACGCGUAUGCUCUUCCAGGUAAGCUUGGCUUCCAGGUAAGCCAGGUGCACCAUCCCAGGAAGCGGUGUGGCUUCCCUGGACAGGUCUGUCCCCCAGCUGUGGGCAAAUGCCCUCCCUUCUCGCCUGCCCGCGUAGCCCAGGCCUGGGUGCCACAUCCGUGAUCGCUGGGUGCUGAGGGGCGUGUGAGGGCUUCUCACCUCGGCGGAGUGAGACCUCACACUUGGCCACCCUGGUGCAGGCCUACUGCAGCGCCUGGGGAGGGGCCGCGCACACUCCACCCCGAAGCACUGGUGUCCACGAUGGAGGAAUAAAGUAGCCGGGCGCCGCAGCCAUGCCCAUGAGCCCAUCGCCUGGGUGGGGGCAGGGGGAUCUCGAGUGUCAGGCCGCCUGGGCCACUCAGACCCUGUCUCAAAAUAAAAUAAAAAGGGCUGGGUGAGCUCGGUGGCGGAGCGCUCGCCCAGCCUGUGCAAGGCCCUGGCUUCUGCCCGGUGCUGCAGGAAGAGGGUGCUGAUGUCCUCAGCACGGUGGGUUGGCUCCCAGGGAAGGCAGCACAGAGCUGCCGGGUGGAGGGCCGGCAACUGUGGGGAGCGGGGAGCAGCGCCUAUGAGCCGUGACCACAGGGACCUGGGAGGGACGCCUGGGAGCUGUGCCCCCAGGCUCCUGAGAACCCCCUUAGCCUGGGGCCCUGCUGGCCUGGUCUGCAGGAGACCCUGGGUGUCCCUAGAGAGGCUUGUGGGCCGGGGACGGGAUGGUGGCAGCCGGCUGGGAGCUGAGUCUGGCUUCAGGUGUUUCUGCCUCCACCCAACAGCCGGCUGGGGCUGCUCUCCCCGUGCCACUGGGUUCUCCUGGACCCUGGGCUCCUGGCUGACUGGGACCCGGGUCUUGUCUCCCUGGUCCCUGCAGGCCCAGCCACCCUGAAGCCGCUCCCUCUCCUCUUGUCUCCCGAGGGCUGAGGAAGCAGCUCCCAGCAGCCCCUCAGAUGCCUGGGAUGGCCCCAGCACCCCACGUGAGGCUCACCGUGAGACCCUUGCCCUGGGACCUCACAUCACUGACCACUCCUCAGUCUGAGUGUUGUCAGGCUGGCUUUUGGUGUUUUGAUCUCCAAGACUGGACUUAAGCUCUUACGAGCUGCCAGCUGGCUGUGUCGGGCAGCUCUCCUCAGCGGGCGAGUCUUGGCACAUUCAGCCCAGCUGUCUUUAAUCCGGGCAGGGCCCACCGUGUGCCCCUGUCACUGCUCCCCGGCCGCCACUGCGCUGUGGUUCUCCCCCAGGGGACGUGGCGAGGUCACGCGGCGUCGCGGGAGCAGCAGCAGGCGGGCAGCCCAGCGUCCUCCAGCACGGCACAGCCCCCUUCUCCUGGGUCACCUUGCCAUGGGGCAGGCAGGCAAGACCUCCAGCCCCCAGGGGAGGGGGUGGAGCGCGCCCGCCACAGCCAGCGCCUGGCACUGGAGGGGGCUCCUGGUCACGGGCCGAGCGCAGGCAGUGAACCUGGCGCCGACUGGAGCCCAGACUCCCUCAUCGCACGGAGCUCGGGAAGCGCUGGGCCCCACCGCCUUCUACCUUGGAAACCCCCUCCCUGUGAGGACGUAGUAGGGGUGCAGAAGCAGCCAUGGGGGCGGGGCCGUGGUAGACAAGGGGGUCCAGCCCAGGGCAGGAGAGAGAAAGUACCCGACUGGCCCUGCGAGUGCCACCAGGCCUCCUUCAGGGAGGGAGGCUCCUGGAGCCGGGUCCUGGCCCAGAGCCCCACCCAGGACGGGCCACCGUGGCCUGGUACAUCUGACCACGCUGGCACCUCCAGAGAAGGCUCUGCCGCUGCCUAACUCAAGCCCACUAGGGUGGUCUGGGUGCAGCAGUUGGCACCCCUCUGGGAUCCCUCCGGGGCUUCAUCUCCCGCCAAGCCCAACCUGUUGAAAGGGGACCUGUCUAAUGAGGCAGCCGCUGCUCUGCUGGAUCUGGUACCUGCCCAGCCACCCCACAGCCCAGCCAGCACCAGGAGCCCCAGGGCUGUGGUCUGUCGUGGGCUUCUGGUCACAGCACCGUGCCAACCCCAAGGGUUAGAAAUCCCUGCUGCCCUGCCCCAUGGUGGACACCUGCAGGGAGCCCUCACAUCCCUGGGUCCCUGGGUGGCCACCUCCUGAACAGUCCCCAGCGCUCAGGCCUGGGUCUCUGAAGACCAGGGCGCUCCUCACUGCCGCUGUUCUGAGGAGAAGUGUCUCGCGGAGUCUAGGGUAGCUGGCUCUUCCCUUUAAAAGGUCCUGCCUUCGUCCGGGGAGUGACAGCUGGGGGCUUCCGUGAGGGGGCAGGCCAGGCCAGCUCCCAGGCAUGGUGGAGAGUGACCCCACGUCCCAGGGGAGGUGGGUCUUUGCUACCAAGAAUCUGCUCCAGGCCAUCCUGUCUUCAGUGGCCACUGGUGUGACCAAGUCCUGGGGAGGGGCUGCUCCUGCCACCAUCUCCCCUGGGAGUGCAGUAGGGGUGCAGCCCAGCGUCCUCCAACACAGCAGAGCCCCCUUCUCCUGGGUCACCUUGCCAUGGGAUAGGCGGCCUCGAGGAGCUGGGUGGGCCUACAGGAGCCCAGGGGCCACACUGGCUCCAGACCAGCCAACCCCACAGCAUGCGCACCAGGGGUUGCCACUCGGGAUCAAGACCCAAGGAGCUGGGCCCAGAGGCUCGGCCAUCCAGGCCCUGCCCUUGACCUUGGUCAGCCAAGCACUGGCCAGGCCCCCACCCUCCCUCCUCCGUCCCAUGUUUUCUUGCCACGUGUUGUGUUGUGGGCCCCACAACUGCUAGUCCCCACCUCCCCUUGGCAGUCGGGAGCUGGACUGUCCCUCCCCUCCCAUCCUGUGGACUGAGCAGCAGCAAGGCCAGGGCCCCACCCUCUCCCUGGAGGGCCAUCCCAGGCUGCUCGGGAAGAGGGAGGGCAAGUCACAGCCGGUGGGGCUGCCAUGGGCGGGGACCAGGCUGUCCUCGGACCCACUCCUCAGAGAUUUGGGCCCCAGGGUCUGCGAAGCAGCGGGGGAGCAGGGAGCUCUGGGCAUCCGGAGGAGCCCCUCUCAGAAGCCACACUGCUAUACCCGGUGGGAGUGGGUAGGGGUCAUGUUUCCAAGUGUCCCGAAUGAACCACUCAGGGACAGGUGAGGAGGACACAGGAAGACUCUUGGCAAACCCAGGGAGCCUUGCCCUCCCCCUAAACCAGGAGUGACCAGCCAGGAGCAGACGAGCAAAUACCCAAGAGGACCACUGGGCAGGAAUAGCCAGCAGCUCACCCUCAGGUUGACAUCUGCCCAGGACAGUGCCUGCCCAGCCAGGAGCCCGUGAGGGUCAGCGGCAGCCUGGACACUGGAGAAGCAGACUCCUCCCGCAGCCUGGAGGCCACAUCUGACUUCAAGGCAUGUCAGCAGGGCGGGCUCCCUCUGGGGCUCUGAGAGCGGGACCUCAGCCUCUUCCAGCUCCUGCUGGUCCCAGGCCCGCGGCUUGUGGCCACAUCGCUCGGCCUCGGCCUCUGCCUCUAGGUGACUUCCUCCUGCGAGGACACCCACCCAAGGCUCAGGGCCACUCCGAUCGGGUGCGACCUCUCUUGACCACAUCCGCAGAGACCCUAUUUACAAAGGUCAGAUUCUGAGGUUCCAGGAGGAACUGAGUUCUAGGAGACGCCGUUCAAACCACAGGUCCAAGAGGAGGAGCAAGGAGGACGGAGAAGAUGGGAGGAGGAUGUGGGGAGAGGUCGGGAGAGGAGACGGGAGCACAGGGGAGGGCGGGGACUCCGGGCUGGCCAAGGUCGGCCCCCACGUGGCUUCAGCUCUGCUGCUCAGGGCGCACGGCAGUGCUGUCUCCCCUGGACUCUGCCAGGCCUGAGGGCCACCCACAAGUAUGGACUCCGUCCCCUCCUGGCUACUGUAGUUGAGCACCUGCCAUGAGCCCCUUCCACAGGCGCCCUCCCGGCCCUGCCCACGGCACAUGGGCGGCAUGAGCCCCAGGUGGCCACUGCGCGAUACCUCUGCACACAGGCCCGCUGUUUAGGUUCACGGUGACCCACACUCUUCAGGCUCUGGCGGCUGGGGCUCAGCUUUGGGGGUAGCUGAGGAAGCAGGCCCUCUCACGGCAGGGCAUCUCCAGGCCACGCUGGACCCCUGACCUGGGGCCUUCCCUGCAGGGCCAGACCCCUUCAGGGUGCGUCUGGCAGCCCCACCUGAGGAUGUGAACCACAGCGCGAAGGGCGGUGAAGCCUUUGUUCCCAGGGAGGAUGGACGUGGCCAGCUGAGUCCAGAGGGAAGCUGUGGUGAAAGGAGUAGGGGCAGAGCAGCCCUCGCUCGAAGGCCACGGCAACGUGAGAGGCGCCCCAGAAGCUCGCGUGUGAGACCACGCGGCAAGGUUCGCAGGCCACAGGACGGGCCAGGGAGCCUCAACCUGGUCAGAGCAUUGAGCCCUGAUGGGGACCAACCGGGAGGUAGCCGCAGGCAGGAGGGUGUGCCGGGAAGGUGGGUCACCGGGUGUGCUCCGCGGUCAUGCUUUGUCCCUGGGGCAUAGAGCUGUCCCUCUCUGCCCUAGUUGCCCGUCCUGAACCGCCUUCCCCCAC